CGGGGCAGCCCCAAUAAGCCGUGGUGACCCGUUAGGGUUUUCUUAAAACCGUUGCAAUUCAACGUUUUCACUCUCAAAGUCUCUCUUCCUCCUUCUGGUUAGGGUUUUCCCGCACCAUACGAAUGGAGAAUCAUAUCUCAAAGGUUGGUCGCUCCCUCAUAAAGCAGCUCGCAUACUGCAACAAAACCACCAGAGAAAAGGCUCUUCGACUUCUCCUCAAAUCAUGGCUUCCAUCGCAAUCCCAACCUCUCUCCGACGAAGACGCCAAAAAGCUAUGGAAAGGUCUCUUCUACUGCAUGUGGCACGCCGACAAGCCUCUCGCUCAAUCCGACCUCACCGAUCGUCUUUCUUCUCUUCUCUUAUCGCUCGAUCUCUCUCUCUCCGUUCAGUACUUCUCCACCUUCUUACUCACCAUGCGUCGCGAGUGGUCGGGGAUCGACGCGCUUAGGUUAGACAAGUUCUACCUUCUCAUUCGUAGGUUUAUUUCCAAGUUUUUCUCUCUUUUGAAGAAGAAUCGAUGGGAUUUGGAGCUCGUGCAGCGACUUAUGGAGGUUUUGGAUGAAGAAACUUUCUCUGCUCAUGAUAAGUUACAGGGGAAUGGGGUUAAUUACCACAUUGCCACUGUUUUUCUCGAAGAGCUCAGGGCUUUUCUUCCUCUUAAACCGCAGGUUCUUGAGGUGCUUUUGAAGCCGUUUAUUUCUGCUAUGGGGAAGUUUUCGGAUAAGGUUUUGCUUGGGAAGGUUAGGUCUGGUGUGUUCGAUGUAUUGUUGAGAAUGGGGAAGAGGUUGUUUGAGGUUAAGAAGGGAGGGGAUGAGGUUGAUUCUGAUGAUGAUGUUGUGGUUUUUGGGACGAUUGCGUUUGUUAUGGGUUUUUCUGGCAAGUUUUAUGAAUUGGGUUCUUCUCCUGAAUGUUGUCAGGGGAAUAGGAAGGUGCUGUUUAGUUUGCAUUCGGAGUUUUUGAAGCUGGAGAAGGAUGCGGCGGCUUCUGGGUUUGAGUUUCAUAUUCCUGAUGUUGUUGAUGAGGAUGAUGAGGAAGUGCCGGAUUUGGUUCCCAUUGGUAAUGGUGUGGAGGGAGGUGACUUGGGACUUGCUGAGGUUGUUACUAAUGGUAAGGUGUUGAAGAAGUGUGAGAAGGAUGAUGGUGGCAAAAAAGCAAAGAAGAAGAAGAAGAAGAAGAAGGGUAAUGGGUCGGAUUUGGCUUGUGAGAAGAAUUCUGCUGAGAAUGACAAGGAAAAUGUGGCAUGUGAAAAUGGUGGAACUUCAAAUGAUGAACAAGUUAAUGACGAAAGCAUGAUAUCGUUGAAUGAAACUGUGAUUUUGAACCUGCAAAAGCAAUUUGAGAAGGUUGCUGAGGAAGCUGGUUUGGAUGAUGGAGUUGCAAGUGCGUGUGAUACCCCUGAGGCUAGAUCAACGGGAACUGUAUCUAAGAAGAGAAAGAGAACAAAGAAAUUAAAAGGAAAGACAUCUCAGGAUUUUGAUUUGGACGGUGGAGAUGCUGAGGACAUUGCAGUUGCAAAGAGUGGGGAGAAAAGUACAAAGAAGGUAAGAUUUUCCAUGAAAAAUAACUUGGUGUGGAAGCCACACAAUCCUUUACCUCCUCAGAGCUUGAGACUGCCUCCCUCUGUUACACCCAGAGGAAGUGCACUCAAAAAGGGUGUACCCCCGGGUCCCAUCAGGGAGAUGCCUCUUCCUACCAAAAAGACAAAACUGAAGAAGGCCAGGAAGGCAAUAAAGGGUGUUUCCCCGUCUGUCAAACGCCUGAAGAAAUUAAAAUCACGUGCUGCAUAAUUUCAUUGAUGUUGUUAUGGGGUUGUGUUUCCAUGACUUGUUUGUCAUACUCUUUUAGUUAUCAUUAUGAAUUUUUUUGAAGUUUAUUGUGAUAAUUGAUCUCUGCUCCAAUCGAAAAGCAAUUUGACUUGUGGUUUAAGGGGCUUUGUCUAUGCCUUCCAAGAUAUUUUUCACUGUCAUUCAUAUGAUGAAAUAGCUUUUAAAUGCUUGAUGAUUACCUUUGUUAUGAGGCUGAAAAAUGAUAAUAUGGAGGAUAUAAGAUUUCUUAUAGCUUUUCAAUUAGAAACUUUUCAAAUUCCUGGAUUUUAACCUGUGGGAUUGUCUUAUAAUACUUCAACUCAUAUUGGGAUAUCACUAGGCUAUAUUUAAGAAGUAUGACAACUUUAUUCAUUUUCAAACCAUUUACAUUGUUGGCGUGGUUACCAUCACAACGAUACAAAAGAAUGGAUCUUGAAUUAUUGAUGAUAGUGCGUAGUAGGCUCUUUUUCAAACUCAAGCUUUGUUGGUGAUAGUGCACAGUCCAUCGUUGAUAUUUUAUUAGUCAAGCUUCCAAUUUCAUUUGACGUUACGAGUUUCUCUCAGUCAAUUCAUCAAGGGGAGACAAGUACUACAGUGAAUGUAUUACGCUAAACUAAAUGUUUGACGCCAGCCAACAAAGAAGAUUCUUUGGACACUGAAACAGACAAGGAAAGCUUUUCUAUUUGUUAGGGCAAAGCGAAGAGAUUCAGUGGAAAUUAAUGGAAGAACAGCACAAAAGUGAAAUAAGGGAAAAACUGCCGUUGAAGUUCCUCCUGAACCCAUCACAAGUUCAAAUGAUUUAGAUUAUGAUGAUUUCUUUAUGCCUGUCCCAGCACCUGUGCAAAUACGAGCUCCUAUCCCUGAAGAACAACAACGUGAAAUUUUUAAGUGGAUGCUGGGAGAGAAAAGAAUACUGAAACCUAAGGACGUAGAGAAAAAAAAAAUUGAUGAAGAAAAGGCCAUUCUUAAACAGUUCCUAAUACCAAAGUUUUAACUUCCACAGGCAGAAAGGCUUUGAGUUUGGCAAGCUCAUCUUUUCAGAAGUCCAUUUUUUGCUUGAUAGUAAUGGGCCAAUGGAUUGCAUUUCCAUGAGUUUUAGGGAAACAUGCAUCCAGCCAAACUGAACCUAAUGGAAGUCUUGUAUGCGUACCAGCUGAAUAUUUAACUGUAGCCUUUGUCACAUUUAUGUUGCUUGUGUCAAACUUGUCCCAUUAAUAAUGGGGAAUACCGAUAUCCUUCAAGUGAAUUUGGUCAGGGUGCAUAACUGAAUUGUCGUUUUGAGACUACUUGGUCCACCUGCAAUGUUCUCAUGAGUGAAUCAUACUUGGCUUGGCUUGGUAUUCUUGGAAUUGGUAAAAAAAUUGCACAAUGACUAAGAUGAAAUGCGGAUAAAUGUAGAACUGGUAUGUGAAUAAAUUAAUACGCUAUGUCAAUUUUUCAG